AUGAUGAAGAAAUGAACCAACAAGACUCCACUUCCUCUGUUAAAGAUACAGAACCUGAGACCUCCCAAACAGACAUAACCUCAGAAAAUAGCUUCUCUAAUAUGGAGGAUUUGAAUUCAGAAAACUCUGUUAUAGAAAAAGAAAAUACAGAAGCCUCAUCAGUUAGAACUCCUGAUAAUAGCAACAAAGAGAACAUCACUAAUGAGAGUAUACAAGCAGAAACUGCUAUGGAAAUUGAAGACUUUAACUCACCAAGAACUCCAAUU